UUCAUUAACAGUUUGACUGCAUCAAUAAUAUUUGUCAAUUCUUAUACAAAUUCCAUUAAUACUUUUAAAGAGAUUUUUAUUACUUCCUGGAAAAUCUGACCAAUGAUCAUUAACUUCCGGUGAAGUAGAAUUUAAGUAAGAUUUUUGAAAUUAAACGGAUCUUGAGCAUAGCGAUAGAGAUCGAACCAAACAAAACGGUUUUUGAAAUUUAAUUGAAUGAAGUGGUAUUUAUAUAUUGAAUCAUGGAUUGGUUACAUAUUAUUAUUGAAUGGAUUAAUUGUUUAAAUAUAUUGGAAACACCAAUUAAGGAAAUACAAGAAUUACAAGAAAAACAGUUGUAUGGAAAGUUAAUUAGAUCAUUGUCUUUGAAAAAAGAUAUAAGUGGGUCUAAUGAUAAAGAUAUCCUUGUCACAUUUAUUAAAGAUGAAUUUCCUGAAUUUCAAAUUAAUAAAGAUAAAAAUCAAGAAUAUCCUGAAGACAUAUAUAUUAUAUCAUUAUUAUUAUCUUAUGCAUGUCAAAACGUCACUUUUCAUCAACCAAUGUGUACCAAGUUACAGCAAGAAACACAAAUUAAAAUCAAAUCUUUUCUUGAAAUGGUAUUACCUUAUGGAAAAUCCAUUUCUAUUGAAAUAUUAAGAGAUGUUAUAAUGCAAUUAACAGACUUUGAGAGUAAAAGUAUAUUGGAAACACCAAAUACACGAUCUCUUAAAGAAUUUUUUAGUUCUCCAGUAGUACGUUCCGCUCAAAGUCACAGAAUACUAAAUGAAAGAAAUCGUGAAUUAAGACUUUUAAAAUCAGAAUUAGAAGUGGAAAGAUUUGAAAAAGCAGAUCUUCAAGAAGACUUAAAAAUUGAGCAAAACAAAGUACAGACUUUAUUGAAACAAUUAGAAGAAAAAUCCAUAGAAAUAAAAAGUUUAAAAGAAGAAAAAAUAAAAUUUGCAUCUCCACGAUCUUGUAAAAAAGGAAAGAAUGCAUUGUAUAAUGAAGAUUAUUAUAAACGAGAAAUAAAUAAAUUGGAAAAUCAAUUGAUCCAAUAUCAAGAUAAUAUUAUAAAAUUGGAAGAUCAUAAAACUGCUAUUACAGAAAAAUUAACAUUUGUAGAGAAAAAAAAUAUAAGUCUUAAUGAUAAAUGUAAUGACUUAGAAAGAUCCAUAGAAGUAUUAACAACAGAAAUGGAAUCAAAAAACAGAGAAAUAGUAGAUCUUAAAAUUAAUAAUGAAGAUUUACGUGCGCAUUUAAGAAAAUUAAAUGGAACAUCGAUAGAGGACAGUUUUGAAGUUGAAGGCAUUAUGUCAGAACAUUCUUUUUUAAUGCCUUUAAAUACAAGUGAAACUUUAAGUUCAGUAAUUGACAUCCAGCUUCAAGAAGCAAAAAAUGAAAAUACUUUAUUAAUGACACAACUUAAUCAGUUGAAGGAUAAAUUCGAAAUGACCUCCAAAGAACAUGAAAAUGCUAUGCAGUUAAUUUCAACUUUGCAAAAUGAAGUGAAAAUAUUAAAUAAUAUACAAGUAGAAUUAAGUAAUGCUGAAAAAAAAAUAUUAUCUUUAGAGGAAAAUAAUAAAGCUUUACAAGAUUAUCAAAUACUACUUAAUAAUCAAUGUAAGAGUUUAGAAGAUUUGUUAGUACAUAAAGACGAACUUCUACUGCAAGGUGAAAAAUAUGAGAAAGAAUUACACGAAAAAGUAGAAAAUUUAAAUAAAGCACUUCAUGCUGAAACUGUAAAAUCCUCUGAUUUAAAGACAGCUCUGGUUAAAGCAGAAUGCCUUGCAAAAGAACAUGACAGUAUUUUAAAAUUGAUUGAAUCUAAGGAUAGUGAAAUAAGUACUUUACAUUUGAAUAUAAAAAACUUAAAUGUGGAAAAAGAUCGUUUGAUCCAUAUACAAAAAGGAAGUGAUAAUAAGACAAAAGAGUCUAUCAUAAAAUUAGAAACACAACUAUUAAACAAACAACAUUUGUUAGAGCAGUUGAACAUAGAAAUGAAAUUAAAAGAUGAAACAAUAAUGAUAUUACGAAUGCAAGUAGAUAAAUUGUCUAAAGAAACAAUUGUAUCAGAAAUGAAAAUGAAAGAAAUUAUUACAAAUAUUCAGAAAAUAAAAUCUAUUCAGGAUAAUGUGUUAACAAAACAAGAAAAAAUUUUAAAAGAAAAAUUGCUACAAUUAGAGCACCUACAAACUCAGUUUAAUAAGGCAAAAGAAAUGCUUUGUUUACAGUUAGAAAAUGAAAAAUCAUUAAAAAUUAAUUUAGAAUGUAAACUUACUAACAAAGAUAUUAUAAUUUCUGAUUUAGAAAAUAAUAUUAGUGAAUUGCAAGAGUCUCUUAAGGUAAAAAUUGAUGAGCUUAAUGUAUAUAAAGAAUAUCAUAGUACUACAAAUAAAAAAAAUAAAGAAAUUGUGAAAACAUGCAAAGAAUUAAAAGAUCAAAUUACAAAAUCGAAGUGUACAUUUUCACAACUUUUAGAUUCUACACAUGCAUAUGACAAUAUUAUUGAGAAUAUAUCAAAUGCAUCACAGAUAAAUGAUGAAGAUGAAUUCAAUGUUAUAUUAGAUAUAAUUACCUUUGCUAUAAAUGAUAUGAAAGUAAUUAAAGAAGACAUAUUAUGUUUUUCUACAAAAAAUAAAAAUUUAGAGAAAAUCAUAGAUGAUCAAAACAAGAUUAUAAAUAAAAAUGCAGAAGUUCAGAAUGAAAACACAGUCUUGAAGGAGAAGCUACAUGAUUUUGAAAUAUUAGAACAAAAUUGUAAGAGUUGCAUUCAAAAUAUCAUUAAAGAAAAAGAAAAAGUACAAGAGAUUUUAUCAAAAAUUAUUUUAUCAUUGGGAAAUUCGAAUGACUCCUUUAUUUCUUUAAAACAAAAAUGGAGUCAAGCAUUAAAUGAAUUUAAUAAUUUAUCUAUCAUUAACAAUCUUAAAUGUCAGGAUAUAGAACAAUUACAAACAAAGAAGAAAACUCUCCAAAAAAUAUUAAAUGAAUAUGAUAUUAAUCAUCUUCAAACUAUUAAAUCAGUAGUUGAUACUCUAUGGAAAAAAUUUUAUAUGGAGCAAAAAUUAAUGGACACUUAUUUACAGUAUUUAAAUGAUAAUAAAAAAGGUUUCACCAUUGAAUGUAAUAUAGAAGAAAAUGAUGUCAAAGAGGAAGAAAAAAUGAAAGAAGAACUAGAAAAUAUUGGUAAUAUGUGUAAUGAUAUUAUUAAGUCUGAAAAAGAAUUAGAAACUUUUAUACAUUCAAUUAGUGCAUAUAAAAAGGAUUGUGUAGCUGGGAAAGUUAAACAACAAAAUGGUAGUGAAAAAAAACUACAAUUACAGAUUGAUCAAUUAACAAAAGAAAAAAAAGAAAUCAAGAAUAAAUUAGAUAUAAUGAGAGUAAGGAAUGCAAAAUUAGAAAGAACUUUGGAAGAACUUAGAAUUGAAAAUAAAAAAAAUAAAGAAGGAACACAUCUUAAAUCUCAACUGACUGACUUAGAUGAUCUGAAGAAGCAAAUGGCACAGUUAAAGCAAGAUAAUUUAUUAUUACAAGAAGAAAGAAAUAAAUUACAUAAAGAGUUACAAGAGUAUGCUAAAAAGAAAAUGUCUGAAAUUCAAUUAAAAGAAAUUCAUAGUAAAUAUGAAAUGAAAUUAGAAGAAAUGAAGCAACAAAUGAAAAUAGCUUAUAAUGAGCAAGUAAUAAAACUGAACAAAGAACAAGAAAAAGCUAUAGAACAAAAAAUAGAACAGUUACAGUCAAAAUUAGAACAGCAGUGUCAGAAACAUAAAGAGGAAAUAACUAUAUAUAAAACGCAUGUCAACGAAUUAAAUUCACAGUUCUGGAAUGUUGGAGAAAGAUUAUUAACUGCACAACAAGAAAAACAAGAAGUUCUGCAACAAUUGAACGAACUUAAGAUUAAACUACAGAAUCAAAUAGAACAAAAAACUACAAACUUUUCCAUACAUCAUAGAACUAUUAAAUUAGAAAAACAAGAAAUUCCUUUAGAAAAUAGUAUGCAAGAAAAAGCACAUACACUUUCAAAAGUAUUAACAGAAGAAAAUACAUAUGAAAAACGACAUAGCGCGAGAAAUAUGCAUGCUAUGGUCAAUGCUUUUAAUGCAGAAGAUGAAGAAGGAGAAGUUUUUGAUAAUAUUUACUUAGCGGAUAUGAAAGAAGGUCAUGGUUUUCCUGCAGCAGAUUUUGAUCGUCUAUCUGCAUUACAAAUGAGAAAUUCUCUUUGCAAACCACAUUUGAAAUCAUCUUAUCCAGCUGAAACACAAUUUCAACCACUAUUUUUUACUGAAGAAGAAAUAAAAACAGGCUCAGUUUCAGAAGAUGUAUUUAAUGAUAGCCUCAGUCAAAGCCUCCUUCCUGAGCAAAAAACUAAAAGAAAAGAUAGAACACAAACGUCCUAUAAAAAACCAGGUCCUCCAACACCUAGCAAAAAUGGAGGUAGAUUUUCAUUACAUGGUAAUGAAUUAAGAAGUCCGAAUUCAAGAAUUUUAAAAGAACGAAAUGCUGAUAGAAGGGCUACAGCAACACCGCGUCGAAGUAAAGGAAUAUUAUUUAAUUUAAGGCGUCAAGAUGAGAAUUUUGCAGGUACGCCUAGAACACGGAAACUAAGUAAUAUGUUUCGAAAGCAACGUACAACUUUGGAUUAAUAAUAAUGGACACAAAUGUAAGAAAAGAAGCUAAUUUUUAAGAUAACUGAAACGGGCAAGAAUGAAAAUC